AUGGGGCCCAAGACAUCGCGGGGCACAAGAACUUUGCUGAAUUAUAUAGUCCAGGUAAAAGAUGGCAGGAAUCUGUGUGUGUUAUUGUCUGUUGCACAUUGUGUGUAUGUGCUGGUUUUAUUAAUGGCCAGAUAUAUCCGGGCUGAUGCUACGUUACUACUAGCAGCAGUAGCAGGUGUCCUUACAGCUGAUUUUGCAUCAGGACUUGUGCAUUGGGCUGCCGAUACAUGGGGGGCUGUAGAUCUCCCUAUUAUAGGCAAGAUUCACAAAUGGUCGCACACUUAUUUUGGGGUUGCCUGCAUGGGUCGUGAUGCUGCAGGAGUGGCACAUAGUGCUCCCGCGCCGACAUCACCGUAUACAUCACGUAGCGCCGCACGAGACUUACUUUUUGUAUCACCACAGGCUGGUUGA